UAUGUGCCUGAAGAUUAUAAAGAAGAUGUUGAGAGUACAAGCUUGGUUGUUGAAUCUGAAAGUAUUAUGACAGAAAGUGUUAGUAUUAUAACAGAUAAAUUUGACUUCAAUAUAGAAUUAAAACCAUUUCUUUUCAACUAUACAAGCUUUGAUAAAGCAUGUGAAUUGGCAGAAGCAGAAGAAAAGGAAGAUUUCGAUAUUUUAAGAGAAAAUCAUAAUAAUGCUGAUACAGACAGUAGUAACAUAGUAUUAACUUCGAUAUUCAAUUUUGAAUCCAGGUUAGAUGAUGAAAAUGACUAUCUUGUUGAGAAUAUUAUUAAGAUUAACACUAAAACUAACUAUUCUGAAUUACAAAGACCACUUUCCCAACUUAUUGGAGCAUGGGAAAUAGAUUCUGAAAUUUUUCAAAAACUCAGGCAACAGAUAGAUUAUCGAUGA